UCCUUUGUUUGAUGUUUGCUUGUUUUAGCAUUUUCUUUCUCAAGCAUAACAAAAAUAUCAAAAAGACAGAGUAAAGAUAAUCUUCAUCUCCCUUUGCUUCUUUGUUAUUUUCUUUGUUGUUGAUCCUUGUUAGUGUUAGGUUUAUUUUCUGUUUUCAUCAUUAAAUUGGGUCACCUAGAUUUAGCCGAACGUAGUCGUCAUCGCCUAGUCCCGUUGGAGAACACGACAUACGUAGUUUGGGGCAUAAAAAUCCCGCUAUAUUACAUUAGAUUAUUUUGGCGUCGUUGCUGGGGACUAGCGUCGAGCGAUUGUGUUAGGUUAUAGCCUAGAUUUACUUUAGUUCCUUGUUCAAUUCGUCGUAUAUUUCAUCUUCAGUGUUUUUCCUCUACUUUCCCCCAUUGUUGCUUCGGCUUAUUAGGAUACUAACCUUCUGACUAGUGUUUACUGUUUAUGAGUGUGUGUAGGGAAUCAUAAAUCAUUGCUGGUUGUUCUAUAGUUACACUUGGUUAAGAUAUGGCAUUGCUUUGUGAUCUUUGGAUGCAAAGUAGUCAAUGUUAUAUCACAGGACCGGUUUCGCCAACUAUUGAGGCAGAGAAUUUUGAGAUGAAGCCUGGUCUUAUUGCUUUGGUUAAACAACAACAGUUUGGAGGACUGCCCACUGAGGAUCCCUAUGAGCACUUAUACCGAGUCAUGGAGUAUUCAGGUACAGUCAAGUACCAUGGAGUUCCUCAAGAUGGUAUCAAGUGCAAGCUGUUCUCAUUCUCUCUCCGGGAUGAUGCUCGUGCUUGGUAUCGAUCCUUGCCAUCAAGAUCAUUCAGUUGGAACGAGAUAUCACAAGCUUUCUUGGAUAAAUAUUUCCCACUACACAAGCAGUCCGCAAUUCGAGAUGAGAUCCUCAGCUUCGUUCAGCGUGAAGGCGAGAGCUUGUAUGAUGCUUGGGAGAGAUACAAGGCUUUAUUCAGGAGAUGUCCUAACCACGGGCUCGAGAGAUGGUUAGAGCUGAAGAUAUUCUAUAGAGGAUUGACUUGGGACACUCGAGCUUACGUCGAUAUGGCAGCGGGCGGAGCUAUUACAAACAAGACACUUGAUGAUGCUUUUCUGCUGAUUGAGAGCAUAGCUUUCCACCAACUUCAGUGGUACAAUGAUAAGCCCACCUCUGAUUCAUUGGUUUGCUUGCAACAAAUCACUACACCUCAGCCGCCAAUUCUUACACAAAAUCCUGAACCUCUAUCUCAGUGUCACAAGAUUGAGCUUGCAUGGAUUAUCUUUGACGAUGAUGACACCAUUCUAGUUGACACACGCGCUACAGAUCACAUGGAUACUAGUGUUGGAGAUUCAGUUUUGCAUUGUGAUGAUUCUUCCAUGGAUGAGCCGGAGCUGCAGUUAGUUGCUUUUGAUAUUGAGGAGUCACCUUUAGUUCAUAUUGAGCAUGUGCUGGUAGAGCCAGAUAUGGAGAAGUUCUCCUUUGAUGAUGUCAGCUGCAUUGAUUCCUCAACACUUGAGCCUGAGAUGGAGAGCUUCAUGGUUGAUUAUGAUGAGGUGGAUUCAGAUGUCAAGGAGCCAAGCUCUACUAUUUCACUUGUUGACAUGAGUCCAGUGGAAAUUUCUACAAGCACACCUCACUUGGUAUCUUCAAUUGAGGUAGUCCUGAAGGUUCUUCCCAAGUAUCUCAGGUAUGAUAUCAGCUUUCUCGACAAGAUAUGCCAUAUCAUGGAUACUGCCUAUGCACCAUGUGACUUGUUGUUGAUACAUGUUCCUGACUUGCUCAAUAGAUAUACUUGUAUGAUAGGGUACUCUAUCGAUGACUUAGAGGGCAUUCUCUCUGUCACUUGUAUUGGCUUGGUUGUUGAGUGUUCCUUCAGGUUGAUGCUUGUGUACCAUUUACUGCGAGUUGACCGAGUUCGAGAUGACAUUCCCUGGGAUCCUGGUGGAUUCACGACAUGGUGAUGAGGAGAAGCAAUGGGGCACACACGAAGAAGAGUGAAGCUGGAGCAUCCAUAAGGAAGGAAAGGAGAAGAGCUGCAGUUGGUGAGGUGAUCAAGCGAGUGCUACUUCAUUAAGCCCGAAAAGUGCACAAAGGCACUAUAAACUUCCAAGAUCUGGACUAGGUGGCUAAGAAAAUUAGUCAAGUGAAAAGAAGAGAAGGAAGAAUGGACUUGUGCGUGAUGAUAAGAAGUAUCCAGAGGGGCUAGCUAAAGAGGAGAGGGAUCUACUUGAGUCAAAAGAAGAGAAGAGAAGGGCCAAAGUGCAAUAUGGGCAAAUCUGAUCGAGAGGGGUCAAAAUCCCUAGGUGGCCUUCGAUCCCCGGAGGCCUGGCAUCUCAUCUCUCUCCCUCGAUCCCUUUCUUCUCCACGGCCACCGCCGCGGCCAGGCCGGCGUGGCGUCGCGCCACCGCGCCAUCACCAGCACCACCGCGCCACCCAGCCAUCCACCACCAGGAUCCACCACUCACCACCAUCUCCAGCCACCGCCGCAUCUUGCGCGCCCGAUCAGACAAGGGCAGCGCGGGUGUCUGGUCAUCCGCGUGAACGCCCCCGCGCUGCUGCUCUUUCUCUCUUCCUCCCCUGCUGCUGCUCCUCCACCUUUCUUCCUCUCUUAACCUUGCUGCUGCUCUUCUAGUUCUUCUUCCCGCAUCCCCGCUGUCCUGCUCCUUCUCUGAACCUGCUGCUGCUAUUGUGCUUUGCCACUCCCCACGUCUCUACUGCUGCAUCUCUGGUCCUCCUCCUCUUAAAACUGCUGCUGCUCUUCUUUCCCACGUUCCUGCUCUGCACUCUGCUUCUCACCUCCGUUGCUGCUGUCUCUCUUCUGAACCUCUGCUACUGUUCAGCUCUGAACCUCUGCAUCUGUGUUGAAUGUGCUUUCGGUGUUUUUGAGAUGUGUAAAACUGUUCAAUAUUCAGCUUACAGUUUGUGAAACUUUUGUGAUUCAGUGGUGUCUCUAUGUUAUACAUAUAGCCUGUGUACUGCUUGCUGCAGAAAAUUUCAGUUUGUAAGUUCCUGUGAUAGCUCCAGUACAUAUGAUUUUUAUGUUGUCUCAA